AAAAAACAAGGCUCUCCUACUUCUUCGAUAUAGCCAUUGCGACCAUCUCCACAUCACCUCUCUAACCACACAAACCACAAAUCCUAAAGUCUAAACGAAAACAAAAAAAAUACACAUGAAUCUCUCCUUCCUCACCAUCACCAUCACCAUUUUCAAAGCUUUACGUUAGAUAACAAGAUUCCAUGGAGAAGAAUGAUGACAAGGACCCUGAUCACAACGACCAAUCCAAGGGAGAGGAGAAAGGCGACGUCGUUUCAAAUACUCAUCCCCCAGAUGAGUCUGAUGGUAAAGAGAAUGUAGAUGUUGGCAAUGCAGAGACAGAACAAGAUCCAGGAGACAAUGUUGAUUCACAAGGAGAAGAGAUUCAACAAACACUCGAGUCCUUGUCUGAAGAACUGGAUCAGCUUCUCUCCAGUCUCUCCCUUCACAAGGAAGAACAUAAAGACGACACCGAGGAGAAAGGAGAGGCUGAUGCUGAUUACUUUCAGAUCCCACAGUUUGUUGGCAAGUUCUUGGAUCUUCUUGAGGACAAACUCUCCAAAUACGACUCUGGUGACCCAAAGACAGUAUGGUACCAAGAUCAAGAAGAAGUGUCUUCUCUUCUUGAAGCAGUGGAUCGUGUCUCAAAGCUUAUGGGACUUUUACUCAACACCAAAUCUUGUCUUGACCAUCAUGAGCCCUUGAUCAACCAUGCUGGAUCCAUCCAGCAACGUGCAAUGGCCUUCUUGGAAGACGAGUUCCGUCUCCUUCUAGAAGAGUCCGUGAUUAAAGAGACUACAUUGGCCACAGACGAUCAGCAAGACCACCAGAACGAUGCGGUGGUCUCUCAAGAUCAGGACCAGGUGACCGUUCAAGAAUCUGGUGAUCAAGAGAUUGAAUACCCUGGCUACUCGGAGGAAAUGGUUGUCUUGCUGAGGAAAAUAGCAGAGAAGAUGAAAGCAGGAGGGUACGGUUGGGAAUGCAGAGAGGUUUACUUGGUUGGGAGGAGAAACAUUUUGAUGAGGACGUUGAAACAUGACUGCGAGUUUGAGAAAGUGAGCAUAGACGAGGUGCAGAAGAUGAGCUGGGGAGAGCUGGAGAGAGAGAUACCUAUCUGGACCAAGACUUUUAAAGACUGCUCUUCACGCUUCUUCCCUGGUGAGCUCAAACUAGCAGAGAAGAUCUUCCCAGGAGAUGAUGGGAGCUUGUUCUGUAUCAUCACUCACGGUCUCACCAUCCAGUUCCUAGGUUUCGCUGAGGCCGUGGCUAUGACUAAGCGUUCCACUGAGAAGCUCUUCAAGAUUCUUGACAUCUAUGAGACUCUUAGAGAUAGUUUUCCAUCCAUGGAGGAGCUCUUCCCUGAGGAUCUCCGCAGCGAGCUGAGGAAUGAAGUGACCAGCGCUCGUUCCCGCUUAGGAGAGACAGCUAUUCACAUCUUCUCGGAUUUGGAAAACUCUAUCAAAUCAGAUUCCAGCAAGACUCCAGUACCGGGAGGAGCAGUGCAUCCUUUGACAAGGUACACCAUGAAUUACCUCAAGUACUCAUGUGAAUACAAAGACACAUUAGAACAAGUGUUUAAAAGCCACUCAAAGAUGGAGCAAGAGGAAGAAGGUACGAACUCUAGUGCCUGCUCGGCCUUCGCGAGUCAGCUGAUGAGGAUAAUGGACUUACUAGACGGGAACAUGGAAGCAAAGUCAAAGCUAUACAAAGACAUACCACUGAGCUGUAUCUUCAUGAUGAACAACGGGAGAUACAUAGUGCAGAAGAUCAAAGGCUCGGCUGAGAUACACGAGGUGAUGGGAGACACAUGGUGCAGGAAGAGGUCUUCGGAGUUAAGGAACUAUCACAAAAGCUACCAGAGAGAGACGUGGGGGAAGCUGCUUGGUUUCUUAGGACAUGAGGGACUUAUGCAUAAUGGUAAGAUAGUGAAGCCUAAUCUUAAGGAGAGGUUUAAGAGCUUUAAUGCAACUUUUGAUGAGAUACAUAAGACGCAGACUACAUGGGUGAUUAAUGAUGAGCAGCUGCAGAGUGAGCUGAGAGUUUCUAUAACUGCGGUUAUGAUACCUGCUUACAGGGCUUUUAUGGCUAGGUUUGGACAGUACUUGGAUCCUGGUCGCCAGACAGAGAAGUAUGUUAAGUACCAGCCUGAGGAUAUUGAGGAUCUUAUUGAUGAGCUCUUCGAGGGCAACACUUCUUCCUCUUCAGCAGCCACAGCUAAGCGAAGAACAUAG